AUGGCGACCCAACAGGUGGGCAGCAGGGACCAAGGAGCAGCAGAGCCGUCUGCACGGAGAAGGGGCAGUCGUUGUGAGGACAAGAAGCAGACGCUGUUGGUGUUGCUGGUCUUGGUGCUGUACGUGGGCACGGGGAUUUCAGGCUGGCUGAAGGAGAACUUGCACGUUUUCCUGGAGAAGCUGGAGAAAGAGGUGCGCGAGCUGGAGCAGCUGGUGCAAGACCUGGAGGAGUGGCUGGACGCCCUGCUGGGAGACGGGCGCCCCAAGGAGUCCUGCUCCAUCCUCAAAAAUCACCUGUGA